AUGGAGAGCAAUAAGCAGCAUUUUCGUCAUAUUUUACUUUUUUACUAUAGAAAAGAGAAAAAUGCUGUUCAAGCCAGAAAGAAAUUAUUCAAUGUGUAUGGAGAAGAUGUGUUGACAGUACAACGGUGCCACAGCUGGUUUGUAAAAUUUCGAUUCCGCAAUUUUGAUGUCGAACAUGAACCACGUUCUGGAAGGCCGGUUAAAGUUGAUAAAGACACGAUAAAAGCAUUAGUUGAUGCAAACCGUGAGACACAUGUAACAACAUGUGAGAUUGGUGAGAGAUUAAAUUUAUCAAAUUCAAAUGUUUAUGACCACUUGAAAGGCCUGAGUUUAACCUCGAAGCUCAAUAUAUGGGUUCCCCAUGUUCUCAGGGAGAGAAAUUUGUGUCGUCGCGUUGACGUCUGUGAUUCGCUUCUUAAACGUCACGAAAAUGAUACAUUUUUGAUGCGCAUCAUUACUGGGGACGAAAAAUGGGUUGUAUAUAACAAUGUCAAACACAAGAGAUCAUGGAGCAAAAAAGAUGAACCGGAUCAAAGUAUUUCCAAAGCCAAUAUCCAUCAAAAAAAGGUGAUGCUGUCUGUUUGGUGGGAUUUUAAAGGAAUCGUUUUUUUUUUUGAGAUUUUACCGGAUUACACAACAAUUAUUUCGGAAAUUUAUUGUCAUCAGCUGGACAAACUGAAUGAUGCACUUCAACAGAAAAGGUCAGAAUUAAUCAACAAAAAAUGUGUAGUGUUCCUCCAAGAUAAUGCAAGACCUCAUACAAGUUUGGUCACUCGCCAAAAGCUUUUACAGUUAGAAUUGGUUACAAUGCUACACCCACCAUAUUCUCCAGAUCUGGCACCUUCGGAUUAUUAUUUGUUCCGAUCACUGCAAAAUUUUUUGACGGUAAAACCUUCACUUCAAAUAAAGAAAUCAAAAACUACCUCGAUCAGUUUUUUGCCAGCAAAGACCAAAAAUUUUAUGAGCGUGGAAUCAUGCUACUACCAGAAAUAUGGCAAAAGGUAUUGGAGCAGAAUUGCCAAUAUAUAA